GGGCAGCAAAACUUGCCGUCUCAUUCUACCCGCCCCCCUCCUCUCGCCGGUUACCAAAACUCAUUACUAUAUUUCCCUCAUUUUACAGUUUUACGCCUUAUAUAAUACACUCACUCACAUCUUUAUAUAAAUAUAUACUACACAUAGAGAGAGAGAUUCUUGCUCUCAUUGAAGAUUUAACUAUUGAGGUCUGCAAUAAAUACUUUCACCAUUUUCCCGUUGUUGCGGCGGCCACAGUUCGAUUCCUUAUCAUUUUCUUCUCGUGGUAAUCACUCUCAUCUAUCUACGCAUUUUUAGCAUUACCCGAAAACUCAUCGCGUAGCAUUUCGAAUCGGCUCCGGAGUAGAUCGAAAUUUGAAGUUCGGAGGUUAAUGAUAGUGAAUGCGUGAGAUCUUAACGCAAUUGUACUUAAUUCUGCUGUGCUUCCAUAAUGUCUGAGAUAGCUGUCAGAGAUAAUAAUGUACCUGAGUCUCAGAGGAUAAAUGGAGGCUUCAGUAAUGGAAGCAUCGUAAAAGCUCAGGGUGAAGGUGUGAGUGAAAAUACUGAAGAAAGGCAAAGGAAAGGGAUGGCUGCAGUGGUUGGCACUUCUGUUAAGAUAGAUGAAACAGAAAAUUCUGAAGCAGUGAUAACCAGUAUAGAAGUAGAGUAUAUUGAGUCUGAGGAUUUGAAGGAUGUAGAAGAUGUGGAUGAUUGUCUUAAGGCACUCUUAUCAGGACUUGGCUCGAAAGACUGGGUUACAGUGUGUGAUGCACUCAACAAUGUUCGUCGAUUGUCUAUAUUUCACAAGGAAGCUAUUGUCAGUAUGUUGGAUGAAGUAAUCUCCUUAGUCGUGAAAUCCCUAAAGAAUCCAAGAAGUGCUGUAUGCAAAACUGCAAUUAUGACUGCCGCAGACCUUUUCAAAGCAUAUAAGGACAGCAUCAUUGAUUCAUUGGAUCCUUUGCUUGUUCAACUUCUCCUCAAAUCUUCACAAGACAAGAAAUUCGUUUGUGAGGCAGCUGAAAGUGCAUUAGUAGCCUUGACAAGUUGGGUUUCUCCUGUUCUGUUGCUACCCAAGUUGCAACCUUAUGUUACAAAUAGGAAUCCUCGAAUUCGAGCUAAGGCUUCUAUCUGUAUUUCUCGAAGUGUCCCACAGCUGGGAAUUGAUGGAAUUGAAGAAUUUGGCAUAGACAAACUGAUCGUAAUAGGUGCAUCUCAGCUCAGUGACCGGCUUCCCGAGUCCAGGGAUGCAGCUCGUGCUCUGUUGUUCGAGCUGCAGUCUGCAUACGAAAAAUCUCAAGUCCCAGAACCAACGGCAGUACCCGAGCAAUCUCAAGCCCCAGAACCAACUGCUGUACCCGAGCAGCGUGUUAUAACGUCUUGGGAGGACUUCUGCCAAUCAAAGCUUUCGCCUUUAAGUGCUCAAGCCGUCCUUCGUGUGACCAACUCUGCUCGGGAGGAACUAGUCACAGGCUCAUAGCGUAAAGAUACACGAGCUUUUAGCUGGUAAUAUUUUUCCCGGUCCAUUGUCGUGGUGAGAUUUGAAAAGUUUUAUACUUGUAUAUACCAUGAAAGUUUGAAGUGUUUGCAGAGGCAGGUGAAGCACGUAUUGUGCUAUAGAUCCUAUGAUUUUACGCAUGUCGCCCAAUUUAAGACUAGCUAUAUUUCCUUAUUAGUUUUGAUAUUGUGUGAUGUUAAUUUUUUCUAAUGAUAUGUGGAUCUAGCAUAUUGUUAGCAUAUUAAGUUCUAUUUGUGCAAAAAUGUGCUUUUUUCGGUCGCUUUUUGGACCAAAUUGUUAACAAUGCUUCAUAUUAUAUUCGAAAAUCAAGUAUACAACAA